AGGCGAUAGAACCAUGGAUUAUUGGGAGUCAGGGAAUUGCUUAUCAGACGCAAAGAUGAGGAUAAUGAAAGGAUCGUCGACAGCAGCAGAGGUCACCCGUCUCAUCGAACAACAUAUUAUCUUUUUCUUUAUCUCGCUGUUUAUUUCCAGACUCGGCGAACAUUCAAACAGGAAAGGGGGAAAAGGCUGCAU